AUGGCUUCAACUUCGAAUUCAAUUAGCUCUGGCGAGAUCGCACACCUCCAAACACAGUUGGGCACUUUUCUCAACAAGCAAUUGCAGUCGAUCUGCGCCAUCAAUGGUCUCAAGCAGAGUGGGAUCAAGGCGGACUUGCAAAGACGCAUCAUAGCCGCCCUCGAGGAGAAUCUCCAUGCAGACCCAGCGCGAUACAGCCAGAUCCGAAGCUCCAUACAGAGGGAAAUGCCCAACGGUCGCGGUCAACAGCAGAACAACGGAACAAUGGGUGGGGGCUCUGGACGCGGCGCUACCUAUCCGGCGAAUGCUAUACCACAGUCUUUUGGACAAAACGGCUACAACUAUGGUCGCGGUGGAUAUGCCCUUGAAUUCAAGCGAAGCCCUUUCUAUACGAUUGAGUCUAUGAUCGGAGAAAUACGAACUUGCGAAGAAACACUAGCCAUGUCACAACACCGUAACACGAUCACGAUUCCGCUCAAGACGAGCGAAUUUCGUGACGCUGAUCGCUUUGCAUACGACAAAAACCUCAGAGUCAUGAUUCUCUGUGCUGAGGAUGAUCAAGGGCCCCAAGACAUUUCUUUCCCCCAUCAAUCCGAACUGAAAGUGAACAGCGGCGAGAUCAAGGCAAAUCUCCGAGGUCUCAAGGGCAAACCAGGAUCGACACGGCCGGUGGACAUCACGAGUUUUCUGCGCCUGGACAAGUUCUCCUACCAGAACAACAUCGAGUUCACUUAUGCCCUUACCAACAGGGUGAGCAAAUACAGCCUUCCAACAAGUGACAGCCAAAAAUUCUAUCUUGCGCUUUACGUUUGUAAAGCGACCCCGGUGGAAGACCUCGUGAUGAAGAUCCGGGGCAAGAAGAUUGCCAGAGCUUCUGUCAUCCAGGAGCUCACCAAAGCUGCCCAUGACCCAGAUGUCGUGGCAACAUCACAGGUCCUGUCACUGAAGUGCCCCUUGAGCUACAUGAGACUGAGAAUUCCGUGCCGUUCGGUUUCUUGCAGUCAUAUCCAGUGUUUCGAUGGCACUUCGUAUCUCCAACUUCAGGAGCAAGGUCCCCAAUGGGUUUGUCCGAUUUGCAACAAAUCAGCACCGUUUGACAGCCUAGCAAUUGAUGAGUACGCCAAGGAUAUCUUAGACAACACCUCGGAAUCGACCGAACAGGUAACCAUCGAGCCUGACGGGCAGUGGAGGAAGCAAAGCACCGCAGAGCCGGAACCUAAGAAGCCCAGGCAUUCAGGUGUGACGGCUAGUGUCAUUGACGAUGAUGACGAUGACGUCGUUCCAUUGGAUGACUUUAGUGUUAUCAGCAUGCGGAAUACGCAGACUCCAAGUCGAUCAAUGCUAGGCACGCCCGCUUCUAUGUCGGUCAAUGGUGGUCCUACGUCGGCUAAUGGCUCGUCGUCAGGCACCAGAAAGCGGCCGGCAGAAAUCAUCGACUUGACCCUCAGCGAUGAUGACGACGAGCCCAUCAUCCGCGCGCCCAAACGCCAGAACCCGGGCCCGACGCCGACUCCUUCUGCAGCUCCGGCUCCUCCUCCGGCUCCUCUUCCGGCUCCUCCGGGACUGAGCUUUCCCAAUUUCCAAUAUUCAUGA